UCAGGCAACAGAAAUAAUUGCUAAGGGGAGAGUGUUGCGAGAAAGAACAGGCGAGCAAACCCUGAUUUUCUCCUGUGUGAUCCUUGGCUGCCUGCUCUUCAGUUCUUUCGACUUCUGCCUGAAGCACGGCAAUACAGAUUCAGCUCACCAGAUUCACGCAAGCUCGGAGUUGUUUGGGUGUACUAGUUUCUAACCUCGUUCUCUGUUAGUCUUAGUGCUAGUUUGACGUUUGUAGAGAAUCGUAACUUGCAGCAAUGGCGAAUCAAGAGGAGGUUUGGGAGAGGGAUCCUCUUUUCAAAAAGCUACGAGCCAAAUCCGAGAACAAGAUGUGCUUCGACUGCAAUGCGAAGAAUCCCACGUGGGCGUCGGUCACUUACGGAGUCUUCAUAUGCCUCGACUGUUCAGCGAUGCACCGCAGCCUCGGCGUCCACGUCAGCUUUGUCAGGUCGACAACCCUUGACGGCUGGAGCGUUGAGCAACUGAAGAUCAUGGCGUUCGGAGGAAACGGCCGAGCGCGGGCCUUCUUCAAGCAGCACGGAUGGACGGACGGAGGCAAGAUCGAGCAGAAGUACACCUCUAGAGCCGCUGAGCUGUACCGGCAGCUGCUGGCAAAGGAGGUCGCUAAGAGCUUCACCGGCGGCGCACAGACAUCCCUGCCUUCCCCGACAUCGUCUAGCGGCCAAACAGCUGCGAAUGGUGGUGCUGCAGCGGCGGCGCCCGCUGCUGAGGAGACCCCGGCUCCUGCCGCUGCUGCUCCUGCUGCUCCUGCUGCUGCAGCGUCGCGAGUGUCUCCGAUUACAAGGAAGCCGGCGAGCGUCACUGCGAAGAAGACGACCGCUAAGUCGUCCGGCCUCGGGGUUAAGAAACUCACGACGAAGCCUAACGAGAGUCUGUACGACCAGAAGCCAGUGGAGGCAGCGCCCAAAGUGGGCGUGGUGGAGCCCAAGCCGUCGCGCUUCACGUAUAACGAGGCCUCCUCGCAGCCAGGCGCCGGAUCGGGCAGAGGCGGCCAUGUAGCCGCGCCCGUGGCGUCUGGGGAUUUCUUCAAUGGCUUCUCGGGAAGGAUCGGGGCUGUCCCCAGCAACAGGCCUAAGCCCCCACCUCAGCCGAUUGAGGAGUCAGACGAAGCCCGGAGGAAGUUCGCUGGGGCCAAGGCGAUUUCGUCGCAGCAGUUCUUUGACCGGGAUAACAAGGAGCUGCAGGCGCAGAACCAAGAGCGGCUGCAGAAGUUCCAGAACUCGUCGUCCAUUUCCAGUGCGGCGUUCUUUGAUCGGGACGAGGGCAACCAGGGCGGCGGCGGGGAGGGCUCUCUGGAUAGCGUUGCUGCGGACCUACUGGGAGGGCUUUCCGUUGGGGCUGUGGCAGAGCAGACUGGGCAGGCUCUAUCAUCCUUCGCCUCCAGCAUCCUGGCUGACCUACAGGACCGAAUCCGAUAGGCUGGCUGUGGGUGAGGGGAGGAGCUGCUGCAUUGGGAAGACUUCUAAAUUCACAGAAACAUGUGGCACACUCGUACGGUACAUCUUGCGCGUGACCAUACCAACGCCAGUGGUUGUGGUGCCCUUUUCUUUCGCAUUUGCCAGCAGACAACCACCGGAUCACCCUGUCACAUGUCCAUGCCAGCACAUGCGUGGGUAAGAGAGGCUCUCAUACGCAGUAACGUAGGAAAGGGCAUAGUGGAUUGCAUUGGGGAUGGAGGUAAGGUUGUAGUUCACUACAGAACACAGCACAUGGGGUGCCUUACGUUGACAUGGUUGCAUGUUGCAAUGUGCACAGAGAACCACCUGCUUAUUGAUGUGAGUGAAUUGGGAUAACCUUAGAUUUGUAGACCAUAUCAAUGUUUCGAAUACAAUAAUUUCAUUCUUCGAGU